AUUUCUACACUAAUCUCACGUCAGUUGGUUUCGGCAUGUGGCUGUAGUUGGGUGUGUGUUUGCCUGUGUAACUUUAACUAAUGCGUUCUCAUUAUAUAAUUUCUAAUUUAAUUGUCAUUCUGAAUAUAUCAUGGAAGAAGUUAAGCAAGAAGACGUUCACCAACUUCUGGAACAUUUCUCUAAAUGUUUAUAUAAAGCCAAGGAGGCGGAUUCGAAGAGUCAAGAUGUGAUGCAACGGUGCCUGAAACUAGUCACAUUGGAUUAUAGUCAUGUCGUUAUAAGCAAUAUUGGAGGAGAACUAAGUGCAAAUUACCCAAGUCACUUAAUAAUCCUGGAGUAUGAGCGUCCCUCUGCUAAUGUCAGUGGAAAUCCGCGCCCCUCGGAGCCACCUCGCACGACUGGCACAAUCUAUGAGAACAUGCAUGAUGCAACAAAAUUACGUGAGCUUUUUGGGAAGUCUCGAUUUGCACGUUGCCGGGCAAGAUUCCCACUUCCAGUAAUUUUGUAUCGUGGGAAACACAUAUGCAGAUCAUCUACGCUAUCUGGAGGCCCCGAAAUUUACGGUCGUUCCGGUUUAGACUACCUCUUCUCCGUCACGGAGACCAGCGCCGAGGACGAGGACGAGGAGGUGAUGGGCGCAGCGCAGACUCAGAAGGACUGGCAGUUGUUUGACAGAGUGCGAAGUCAGGACAUCCGUCUCCUCAAAACGCUUAAUGUCGGAACCAUUAUUGAUUUCAUGGUUGAGAAGAAAAAAGUGAAGUUUGGAAUGAAUGUCACUUCAUCUGAAAAGGUAGACAAAGAGAAUCGUUAUUCAGACUUUACGAUCGUAUCCCUGCCGUAUCCAGGAUGUGAAUUUUUUAAGGAAUACCGCGAUAAUGAUUAUGUUGCCAAGGGUCUGGUUUUUGAUUGGACGCAGUCUCACGUGGAUGCCGUAAUUGGAGUGCCGGAUGAUGCUGUAUCUUCCCAACUCAAGAUUGACUGGGAGAAAUACAAGGUGUGGGACUUGGUCAAACUGACACAGAAUUACAUGAAGCUAUUGUUACGAUACUUACAAGAAAAUAGCACAGGUCUUCUUAUUCACUGCAUUAGUGGUUGGGAUCGUACUCCCUUGUUCAUUUCACUGUUACGCCUCUCGCUGUGGGCGGACGGCGCCGUCCACCAGUCUCUUGAUGCGAACCAGAUUUUAUACUUUACCAUUGCUUAUGACUGGAUGCUCUUUGGGCACAAUCUUAUGGAUAGGUUAAGUAAAGGUGAAGACAUCUUUUUCUUCUGUUUCUACUUUCUGAAACAUUUGGUAGGGGAUGAAUAUAGCGUGGCUCCGCGUUCAAAGUCGAAACAAAACGUCGGUGGCGGCGGUAGUAGUAGUGCUGCGGCAGUGCUACGAAAUGACUCCGAUCUGCACCUGGAUGGUAUGCUGUUUGACGCAGAUUGUGCCAUUAGUUCACGGGGCUCAAACAUCAGUCUUAACAGUUCGUGUAGCUCAGUUAGUAGCAAAAGUCAAGAAAAUCCACCUGUGCUCUUCCACAACGUGCCUGACAUAUCUGAUGAACAUACUAAUGGAAAUCUUCCCAUUUACAACGCUCAGACAACGUGGCCUCCUCACUUGCAGCCAUCGGGAUUUGAGUCUGCCCUCCCUGGUCUUGGAAGCCUGUCUAACCAGGGUGGAUCUGGUUCAGGGCCACGAUCCCCACAUCCCAGCAGAACAAGUCCUGUAGCAGUUCCAGUAGCUAGUCGCUUCCGACAGCGCAACGACUCCAACAGCUCACUAAGUGUUGGAAGCUGGCAACUUAUCUCUGGGACCGGUAGUUUACGAGGAUCUGCCUCCGCUUCCACAUCAACAGGAGAUUCAGCCACCCCAAACUCUUUGCUGUCCCAGAAUAGCAGUAAUACGUCUUUAUGUGAAGGACAAAUUUCGACCGAAUCAAGCACAACCAUAGUUGAAGAUGAAUGUUUCAUAUAUAAUUCAGGACCUGCAGAUACUACCACUUUGCGACGGGAGAGACUCCAGACUGUCCGAACACUCUUUUAUAAUGCUUAUUGCUCAACAGUUGGAUUCAAGUUUAAAAAUGGUCAAGAUUCGGGACUUGGAAGCUUGCUGGGUAACUUUGCUGAGAAAGUUGGCAUAAUUUCAACUCAGAGGACCUCAGUUUAGGAACAGAACGAUUUAAACUUUUCCUGUUUAUAAGUCUGAUAAGUGUAAUCUUAAAUGAGACUGUUGUACAAAUAUAGAGGAAGAUAAAUAUUUUUAUAACCUACGACUUGUUUUGUAAAUGAGAGUUGCAGCGUAUGUGAUGCAGGUAUAAAAUAUACUUUGGUGCUUGUUUUUCACUGCCUACCUAAUAAUAAUGAAAGAAAGAUGUACCAUAAGUAGAACAUUAUUUCUUAGGCAUGUGUGAGAACAACCUUUUUUAAUUUAAGAUAAGAAAAUGGAACAAUUUUGAGAAUUGAGACAAGAACAUGAAUUUUCUUUGCUAGACCAAUUUUUCCACUAUAAUCCCAUUAUAACACUAGCCACUAUUUUUUCAAUACACUGAAGUAUUAGAUCCUUCUCCAAUGAAGAAUGUUCAUAAAUCAUUGUAUUUAAAAAUUCGCUUCUAGGGCCAUGUCUUCUUUCAUCACUUUUUGAAUCUUGAUGUCAGUACCAAUUUCAGAUUUUCGCUGCGUCUAGAUAUUU